AUGACCUCCAGGGCACGGCCUCCAGGGCACGGCCUCCAGGCCACGGCCUCCAGGGCACGGCCUCCAGGGCAUGACCUCCAGGGCAAGGCCUCCAGGGCACGGCCUCCAGGGCACGGCCUCCAGGGGCACGGCCACCAGGGCACGGCCUCCAGGGCACGGCCUCCAGGGCAUGACCCCCAGGGCACGGCCACCAGGGCACGGCCUCCAGGGCACGGCCUCCAGCACGGCCUCCAGGGCACGACCUCCAGGGGCACGGCCACCAGUUCACGGCCUCCAGGGCAUGACCUCCAGAGCCCGGCCUCCAGGGCACGGCCUCCAGGGCACGGCCUCCAGGGCACGCCCUCCAGGGCACGGCCUCCAGGGCACGGCCUCCAGGGCACGGCCUCCAGAGCCCGGCCUCCAGGGCACGGCCUCCAGGGCACGGCCUCCAGGGCACGGCCACCAGUUCACGGCCUCCAGGGCACGGCCUCCAGGGCACGGCCACCAGUUCACGGCCUCCAGGGCAUGACCUCCAGAGCCCGGCCUCCAGGGCACGGCCUCCAGGGCACGGCCUCCAGGGCACGGCCUCCAGGGCACGGCCUCCAGAGCCCGGCCUCCAGGGCACGGCCUCCAGGGCACGGCCUCCCGGGCACGGCCACCAGUUCACGGCCUCCAGGGCACGACCUCCAGAGCACGGCCUCCAGGGCACGGCCUCCAGGGCACGGCCUCCAGGGCACGGCCUCCAGGGCACGGCCACCAGUUCACGGCCUCCAGGGCAUGACCUCCAGAGCCCGGCCUCCAGGGCACGGCCUCCAGGGCACGGCCUCCAGGGCACGGCCUCCAGGGCACGGCCUCCAGGGCAUGACCUCCGGAGCCCGGCCUCCAGGGUACGGCCUCCAGGGCACGGCCUCCAGGGCACGGCCUCCAGGGCACGGCCUCCAGGGCACGGCCACCAGGGCACGGCCACUAGGGCACGGCCUCCAGGGCACGACCUCCAGGGGCACGGCCACCAGGGCACGGCCUCCAGGGCACGGCCUCCAGGGCACGGCCUCCAGGGCACGGCCUCCAGGGCACGGCCUCCAGAGCCCGGCCUCCAGGGCACGGCCUCCAGGGCACGGCCUCCAGGGCACGACCUCCAGGGGCACGGCCACCAGGGCACGGCCACUAGGGCACGGCCUCCAGGGCACGACCUCCAGGGGCACGGCCACCAGGGCACGGCCUCCAGGGCACGGCCUCCAGGGCACGGCCUCCAGGGCACGGCCUCCAGAGCGGGACAUACUUGAAGACUUCAUUAAAACUUUAGCGUCACGGGCGCCAAGUGGAAAAGUUAUAAGUGUAAGCCUUCAGGUCCCCUUGUGGGUGAGGGCCCUGUUACUCCCCGAGGUGUGGUUAAUGCCAGGCACCCACUUAUACUUGGCCACACUUCCCUAG